GCUCCGGCCGCUCUCCAGCCCCGGUGCCCUGCCAACGCUGCAACGAUCCGGCCGGAGCCCCCGCCGGCCGGGUACUGCUCGUCUCCAACGCUCCGGCCGGAGCCCCCGCCGGCCGGGCACUGCUUGUCUCCAACGCUCCGGCCGCUCUCCAGCCCCGGUCGGCCAGAGGGCUUGCCCACACUCGCAAUCCCUCAUGGCCAGGCACCCCUUGUUCGCGUGUGUAAUGGCAAUUGA